AUGAAUAUGGUAAGUGAUAAUAAACCUGAUCAAGACGAUCAAGGAUCCUUUAAAGACUAUAAAAAUGUAUCCAUAAAUCAAAUAAUAAGAAAAUCUCAAGAUAGUAAGCUCACCUUACCUCCGUUGGGCGUGAAAUCGGAUUCUCAACAACAACAACUGCAACAGCAAUCUCAAUUAAGUCCUCCUCAGCCUCAGCAACAGGCUGAUUAUACUUACUCAACCUUUCAAGCUCAAUCAUAUGAUCCAUACCGUCAAAUGACUCUUCCACAGCAGCAAUCCCAACAACAGCAACAACAACAACAACAACCGACAUACGCGUCUCCAUCACAGUAUCCAAUACCUCAACAAUCUUUUUCCAUUGCAGCUGUCUCGCAAUUUCAACCUCAGGCUUAUACCACUCAUUCUGAGUAUGAUCAACAACAAAUACAAAUGCAAAUGCAGCAGUCAUUGCAAACCCAACAACAACAACAACAACAACAACAGCAGGCACCUCUUCAACAAUCGCAUGUUGCUAUGCCACAAACACAAGUUCCACAACACUCAAUAUUGGCCGACAAUAAACGUGGUAGAAGAUUUAGAAGACGUUACAAUCAAAUUGUGAGAAAAUAUCCUUGCUCUUUUCCUGGUUGUAUUAAGAGUUAUGGAUCUUUAAACCACUUGAAUACUCAUAUUGUUACCAAAAAGCACGGACACAGAAAAUCUAAAGCUGAUUUCCAACAUUCCCUGCAAUCAAAGGAAGAUGGUUCCAACAAAGCUGGUGAUGCUUCUCAAUACGUUCAACCUGGUAACGACUACACUGUUGGUAAUUAUUGGUAUGGUUACUCAACACAUUUACGACCUACCACAUCACAAGCAGAUAGUUUUACGCAGCAAGUACCAGCCCUGCAGAAUAACAACUACAUGUACUUUCAGGGCUAUCAACAAGGAUCUUCCACUUCCAACUCAACAAGUACUGUUACGUCGCAACAAUCCCAACAACAACAACAUCAUCAACCACAAGCUCAACAGAUUCAACAACAAUAUGUAGCUCAACUCCAAGCAGCUACUGGAUCUAGUUCUGCUGCAUCCUCAAUCCCUCAGCAAAGAGUGGUGAUGGGAAGUAUGGGAUAUUAUCAACCACAACAACAACAGCAACAACAAAUUCCACAAUAUUUUGCUCCUCCACAAUUACAACAACAACUGCCGCAACAGUCGCAACUUAUAAACAACGAUGGUACACAAAGAGUUUCUGGUUUAGACGAUAAUAAACAAAACCAACCUGGCAUGUAA